AUGCAAACAGUACGAAGGAAAGAAAUGGAAACCUUGGAACUACUUCACAUGAACAAAGGCGUAGGCGAAACUAGCUACGCCAUGAACUCUUCCGUUCAGAAUACAAUUAUCUCUUGUGGAGAGGCAUCAACAAAGAAAGCCAUUGUGAAAAUUUUGUGCACAUGUUGGCCUGAGAGGAUGGGCAUUGCCGACAUGGGUUGUUCCUCCGGACCUAAUGCCUUAAGGGUGAUUUCGGAGAUCGUCGAUGGCGUGUACGCCACCACUCGUCUCUUGGACCGGCCACCGCCGGAGUUGGUGGUGUUUAUGAACGAUCUCUUCACAAAUGACUUCAACAACAUCUUUGCCUCAUUGCCAUCUUUCUACAGAAAGCAAAGACAAGAAAAGGGAAGUGGGUUUGGAUCAUGUUUUGUUUCAGCUGUCCCUGGCACCUUCUAUGGUAGGCUUUUUCCAACCAAGACCCUCCACUUUGUGCACUCUUCUUCCAGCCUCCACUGGCUUUCUCAGGUUCCUGGUGGAUUAGAGGAUGGUAGUGGGAGAGCAUUGAACAAAGGAAAGAUCUACAUUUCAAAGAGCAGUCCUAAGUGCGUGCAGGAUGCUUAUUCUCAGCAAUUCAAGAAUGAUUUUUCAUUGUUUUUGGCUUCUCGUUCCCAAGAAAUGGUAACUGGGGGACACAUGGUCUUGUCUUUCAUGGGCAGAACAUCCAUGGACCCAACUUCCGACCAUUGUUGCUUUCAGUGGGAACUCUUAGCUCGCUCCCUUAUGACCAUGGUUUCUGAGGGUAUUUUGGAAGAGGAAAAGGUGGAUUCUUUUGAUGCCCCAUACUACGCACCAUGCAUGGAGGAAGUGAAAAAGGAGAUUGAAAAGGAAGGGUCAUUCAUGGUGGAAGAGCACGAAGCUUAUGAAAUAGAGUGGGAUGGAGGAAUGGAAAUUGAAAGUGAUUCUCCAAAUGCUCCAUCGUUGUCAAGAGGAGAACGAGUUGCGAGGACCAUUAGGGCUGUGGUUGAGUCCAUGUUGGAAUCUCAUUUUGGCUCUCACACAAUGGAUGAGCUUUUCCGCAGGUACUCACAAAUUGUGGAAGACCAUUUAUCCAACACUAGCACCAAGUACAUCAAUUUGGUCAUUUCCCUCGUCAAGCAUGCUUGA